ACAGGUGAGCUUGCCGAUUCUGAGUAUCCAUUGACCCCUCUGCAAGACGACCAUGUCGGAGAAGACCACACACACUCACAACCGAGCCCUCCAUUAUCUCCUUUUUGACGAUCAUCGACAACUGCGGGACGAUGAGGGAAAGGGAGAGACUUCCACUACACUUGGGCCGUUCCACUGACAUCCAUACUGAUGGUGGUUCCCCCCUUAGAUCCUUGCUUUGAAGUGAAAGAGAACCAAAUAUGCCCCAUCUGUCUUCUCCAGUCGAAACCUCCGGGAACAUGCACGAUAUGUCCCCCAUAGAUGGCGGGGGCGGUGAUGAUAGAGGAGGGAGGGGAUUCGGGUACCCUUCUCCUCCGGCCGAGACCCAUCACUUCCAUAUCACCCAUUCUCGAUUUGAUCCUCGUGUCUCCCUAGACGACUACAACCGGAUCAUGCUGGAGUACACUCAACGGCAGAUGGCGUCGUUUGUUGACCAGGAUGGGGACCGCCACCGCGCCACCAGCACGCGCAGCCGCAGCAGCAGGAGCAGUGAUACCAGUGGCCGCAGUGGCCAGUCGACCAGCGGCAUUUUGGCUGGCCAUGCUGCGGCGCCUGCCUCGCAUCAAGCCUAUCAGCCGGCAACCAGAAACCCCGAAGGUCUCAAGGCUGGCUUUUGAAAAAAAAAAUUAAGCCGCAAACCUAGUAGCCAAGUAUAUUAUAUACAUACUGAGGUGGAUCUGGAUAUCCACGGCUACAUUUCAUACAAGAAGACCAUGAUGAUGAGGUGUCUUGAAUAGAUGCCAUACGUUCGUUACAAUGACUUAGCGAGUAACUGCAGUUC